AUGGUUUUCUUUUUGGCAGUCUUUUUGUUCUAUACGAUUUUGGAUGCUAUAUUUAUCAGGUUUUCUCCAACCACAUUCAAAAAGCAAGACAUCAAAAUGAGAAAAAUAAUCCAUUAUUCUAACUACAAGUAUGGUGAUUUGGAUGGCCUUACAGAACGCCAUAAGCAUUUCAAGGACAAGCCAUUGCCUGAAAAGUGUACGAUAUUUUUUAAUGAUUUGAUGACUUCAACUUCAGGAAAGAGCUGGAGAUUUCCUACAAUGUCAGGGAGGUCUUAUAAUAAAGACAUUGAUAAGCUGCAGCGAUUUUUCAACAGAGAACGGAAAAACCUUCUAUCGGUCAAAUCAAAAGAAGGAUUGGGAAGUAAAAUAUCACUUUCUGAGAAGAAUAGUAUAAAGACCGAUUUUGAUCAACAAGUUAAAAAUUCUAGGGUGAUGGAUCAACAAAUGGCCGAUGCCAUCUCCAUAAUGAGAGUUUAUAACAAAUGUUUUUUUGGUGGUGACGGAAUUUCAUAUGAUUUCGAUAAAUGGUGGUUCAAUGAUAUUACCCUCCGAGUAUUCCCAUAUAUUAACUCCGAGAUGCCAAGUUUUGAUGUGGUUAUAGAAAAUAAAACUACCACAUUUAAUAACGGACUUCCAGAAUUCAAGAAUGGUGAAUUCACGGGUAAUGUCCUUACGCCUGAUAAGGACCAAAAUUUAUUUGACUUCUAUCACAAAAAUAUUAGUGGAAAAGGUAUCGUAUUAUCUGCUACAUCCUCACAUGCCAAAGACAUAGCCAGAUUGAUACGGGUUUUGCGGGCCUUGAACAACUCUUUACCUAUCCAAAUAGUCUACAGAGGAAAUUUGAGUAGAAGGUCAAAGGCCAUUAUCAUACGGGCUGCAAAUAUUGAACUUGAUGAAGGUAAAUUAGACCCAAAGACUAGUGAAUUGGAAAAAGAAGUGACCAGUAUAAAUUCCUCCUUUCCAAAACAAACGGUUAUAUUCACUAACAUUAAAAGAAUAACCGAUAAGAAGAAUUUUGCAACUUACAAUAACAAAUUACUUUCUGUAUUUUUCAGUUCCUUCAAAGAAAUCAUGCUUUUAGAUGCUGAUUCGGUACCAUUGUUAGAGCCCGAGAAGUUUUUCCAUUCAAGUGAAUACCUUGACACAUCCACUUUCUUCUUUAAAGAUAGAAGUUUAAGAGAUACCAAUGACUACUUGGAGACAAAUUUUGUCCAACGACUUUUUCCAAUGAAUAAUGGAUCUUUGGAAAGCCUUUUCGGCAUGAAUAUCCUCAACAAGAGCAGCCUUGAAGGAAACAACUACUUAAGGGGAUAUAGGCAUUUCCAAGAAGCUGGUGUUGUCUUGCUUGAUAAAAAAAAACAUUUUAAUGCCAUAACAAUGCUUCUACCAUUAGGAAUAUGGAAGGAGCCACUUAAAACUGCCAUGUGGGGAGAUAAAGAAUUCUACUGGAUUUCGCUAUUAAUGGCAGGAGACGAUAAUUUCCGCUUUAAUGAGAAUGAAGCUGCUGCAGUGGGAGUUGCUAGUUCAGAUGCUUUAAAGAUUUAUGAUUACGAUUCUGACGAAGUUUGUUCAACGCAUCCUGGGCAUGUAAAUGAAUUUGGAGAUUUAUUAUGGAUCAAUUCGGGAUUCAGCUUCUGCAAGAAGAACAGACACUAUAAAGAUAAAUCCAAGUACCCAUUUUGCAAGGUUCCAAUAACUGAAUUGCAAAAUAUUUACAAAAAUCCAUUCAAAAUAACCCAUGCAUUAGUUCCUCCAUCACUACCAGAUUAUAGGGAUUUAAACGAUGAAUACAACAUCGGGAAAGAAAAACAAAUAGAGAAGACUUGGAAGGGCCGGUUAAAGGAUCUGGACGAGAUCAAGGAUUUUCACACCGCAGGUCCACUUGAGCCUAAGAUUUCCAAUCCUCCACAAAAAGGUUGGGUAAAGAGUCCUAUAUGUGCUGGCUACUAUUAUUGUGGGUACAGCAUAAUCCAAUCGUACCACCCUGGUAAAGAUCACGAAUUUGGAAAGUUAUAUGUAUUCAAUGAUACUACUGUGUCACGAAUCGAUACCUUGGGUAAGUUGUGGAUGACACAUACCCCCAAAUCAGCAUCUGAAUAUUUUAUAGCUAACUAG